AGACAUCUUUGGCUCCACAUGAUAUGACAUUAGCCCAACGUUGCUAAAGUUAGCAGCUACACAGUCAUUUAAGAUAAACAAUGGACAUCAUGUUAAGUUAUGAAGUAACCUUAGUGAUAGAAGUAGCUAACUAAAGUACAUGUUUGUUCAGUCAGAGAGGUAGUUACAGAGCCUUUGCUCCUGUAAGCUAACUAGCUAACUAAGCAUGGAAUACCUCAGGAAACCUUUGUUUACCUUUCCACAACUCUGGAUACCUCUCAGGUGUAUUCAACCCAGAUAUUGUUCUAAAUUAACCAACAGUAGUGUGACUUCAAGAGAGAGGAAGACAACAGUAAAGUUCAAGAGUCAGAUAUCUUCUGGUCCAAGUUUUCAGGAUUUCAUUAAAGGAGUUUCAGUCAAUAAGACUUAUGUUGAAGAUGAAGAUGAAGAGUACUCUGACAAACAUAGUUAUCUUUCUGAGGACUUGGAGAUGGGGAAUUCAAGGAAAGUGUAUUUUGAAACCUAUGGAUGUCAAAUGAAUGUAAACGACACAGAGAUAGCCUGGUCCAUACUACAGAGGAAGGGAUAUCUACGCACAGUUGAUUUAAGUCAGGCAGACGUUGUUCUUCUGGUAACAUGCUCCAUAAGAGAAAAAGCUGAACAAACUAUUUGGAACAGACUACCGCAACUAACAGCUAUGAAGAAGAAGCGGUUAAAGUCCCACACACCAAUGAAAAUUGGGAUUUUAGGAUGCAUGGCAGAGAGGCUAAAGACAGAGAUUUUGGAGCGGGAAAAGCUUGUAGAUGUUCUUGCUGGUCCAGACGCCUACCGAGACCUUCCCCGCCUCUUGACUGUAGCUGACGGAGGUCAUCAGGCGAGCAACGUGCUGCUGUCAUUAGAGGAGACCUACGCAGACAUCAUGCCUGUCCACCACGCUCCUCAGGGAUACAGUGCUUUUGUGUCCAUCAUGCGAGGCUGUGACAACAUGUGUAGCUACUGCAUCGUUCCCUUCACCCGAGGGAGAGAGAGGAGUCGACCCGUCAGCUCUAUACUAGAGGAAGUUCGUAUGCUCUCUGACCAGGGUGUGAAGGAGGUGACUUUGCUGGGUCAGAACGUGAACAGCUACAGAGACACGUCAGAAGAACAGUUCUGUGGCUCAGACCUGACCAAGCUCAGCCAGGGGUUUAAGACCGUCUACAGAACGAAACAGGGAGGUCUGCGCUUCUCCGACCUGCUGGAGCGAGUGUCAAACAUCGAUCCAGACAUGAGGAUCAGAUUCACCUCCCCUCAUCCCAAGGAUUUUCCUGAUGAGGUUUUGCAUCUGAUAGCGGAGCGAGGGAACAUUUGUCAGCAGGUCCAUCUUCCAGCCCAGAGUGGCAGCAGCAAGGUCCUACAAGCAAUGCGCCGUGGCUACACGAGAGAGGCCUACAUUGAUCUUGUGAAGAACAUCAAGAGAAUUAUCCCGGGGGUGAGUCUCAGCAGUGACUUCAUCUCAGGCUUCUGUGGUGAAACAGACGACGACCACCAGCAGACUCUGUCUCUGAUCAGAGAGGUGGGCUACAACGUGGGAUUCCUGUUUGCCUACAGUAUGAGAAAGAAAACCCACGCCUUCCAUCGGCUACAAGAUGACGUGCCAGCUAAGGUGAAGCAGCAGAGGCUGGAGGAGUGUAUCCGUGUAUUCAGAGAGGAAGCCGCGAGGGUCAACGCUGCUCUCAUUGGCAGCACACAGCUGAUCCUGGUGGAGGGGGAAAGUAAAAGAUCUGCCAAGGACCUGUGUGGGAGAACUGAUGGCAAUACCAAAGUGAUUUUCCCCAAAGAGGAUGUUCCUGCUCAGCCGGCAGAAUCCAACACUGCAUCGGUCAAUGCUGGAGACUAUGUCCUGGUGGAGAUAUUGUCGGCCAACUCCCAGAGCCUGAGAGGCCGAGCCCUCAGUCACAGCUCUCUGAGAGGCACAGUGAAGCACUAUGAGACUCUGCCAAGGCACCAGUUUGAAGAACAUGUGGCCACAGACACAACUGUGAUUGAAAUGUGCCCUUGAUUGACUCAGGUGACGUCACAGGAAACAAACUGUUAUUGUUUGGGGGAAAACUAGAACACUGCCUUCUUCUCUUGAAUGACUGUGAAGACACAUGGAGACUGUUUUUACGGGAAUUUUGGUCAUCUUACUGUCACACUGGACUGUGUGGAUAUGUUAUUUAUACAGUCAGUAUGUGUAUGUACAUGUUGAACUGCUUAAAAGGAUAGUUUGGAUGUUUGGAAGUCGGGGUUGUAUGAGGGUACUUAUCCAUAGUCAGUGUAUUACCUACAGUAGAUGACGGUCGGCACGCCCCCAGUUUGGAGAAGCAGACAGGAGUAACGGCUCAGAGGCAAAGCAAUGUACUGCUGUGGACGCGGGCAGCAGC